GUCGGCUGUAGUCUGUGUGUGGUGUGUUCAAGUGUGACUUUUUGGUCCAGACGCAGCUGAUGCGAGGUCACAACAUCGCUGGCUUUCAUUGCCGCUAGUUCUUUGAAGUUGGCUUUGGCUUUUUUACUGUGAAAAGGUUCUGAACAUUUGCUGCAUUCAAAAGAGCAAUGAGCUGCCAAUACAAUUUCUUAUUUUUAUUCCUCUGUGGAUUUGCCGCGCUCACUGUCUCAGUAAAGACAUGUGGAAAAGAAAUACUAGAAGGAACAUCCUGCACCAUUAAGCUGAUAACGAAAAACAGUGAGAAACCUGAUGAAAUAGAAUGGUACCAUUUAACCAGUGAUACCAUCGUUCUUCUCUGGAAACGUGGGAAAAUCAAAAAAGUGGCUGAAGGUGUAUCUAAGGAAGAAGAUGGAUCAUUAACAUUUAAAAGUGUUAGUCUGAAGGACACCGGCAAAUAUAAAUACAAAGCUUUUAAUAAUGAUGGUACAGAGAUUGGUACUGGAGAAGAGGAAAUUCAGGUUUAUAUAAAGGCUCCUAAACCUACUGUGACAUUUGACUGUGAUGCUGAUAGCAACGCUACUCUCACCUGUGACACUGGAAACCGUACAGAUCUGACCCUAUUCUGGUAUAUAGACACAAUCGUCCAGAAUGAGACAAACCCUCAAAUGUUCCUGACAUUUACUCAGAUACAGAAGAAUCAAACAUACUCAUGCAGUGUAAGCAAUCCUGUCAGCAAUGAACAAAGUGAGAGUAUUCCAGUACUGUGUCAUACAGGUCAUACAGGUCCUACAGGUCCUACAGAACCUACAGGUUAUGACCCAGGUCCUGAUACAGAAGUUUCUGGCUCUAAAUUCAAUUUCAUGGUGAGCAUUUUAGCAGGUGGAGGAGCCUUUCUGCUGCUGCUAAGUGUUCUCAUAAUCUGUGCCUGUCGAAGCUGUAGACAACAAAAGAAGCACCAACAAGAUGAGGGAGAGCUGAGCGAUUCUUUCUACCAAAACAGAUCCAGAACAGAACACAGUGGAAACAUUUCACUGCAAAUGACAACCUGAGUGUUCAUACUUCUAUACAUAUAUCACCUUUUGAAUUUGGGUUUUUGUUUUAAAUAACAAGAUGUAGACAGAGAGAUUAAAUCUGUCAAUCACUCAUGAGUAUAUGUUAUUUCUGAGGGAGGGAAAAACUUUUUUAUUUCAUUUAAUUCAUUAAUGGUUAGAAUGUUUAUUUUGGGUCUUGAGCAAAUGAUCAGCUCAGAUGAUUAAAGGAAAGACAUUUCAAAUGAUUUAAAAUAUUAAACACAACAUGCAGUCUUACAGUGAAAAGGACUUAUAAACAGGAAAAGGAUGAUGAUAACAGUAGUGGUUGAAUGAAUGACAAUUGCAGUGAUAAUUCUUGUGUUUGAAUCUAAUGAAAAAUAAUAAUAAUAAUAAUCUUACGCCUAUAAAACAAAUUCAGUCCUGGAAAGCAAAUUUAAAUGAUCAGAAUUGGGUUAGUAAAUUACAUCUUGCAUUACUGAAUAAUCAGAAGAAAAACAUGUAGGGUACAACAGGUCUAAAGGCGCCCGGGGGUAAAAGACGCCUUUGAUAUUAUUCUCAUCUAAACCACUAGAUGUUACAAAAACGUGGUGUAGCACUUUCUAAAACAUUCACUUUUCAAGAUGCACGUGCAAAUUUGUCUGAUCCCUGACGCGAUCGCGGGCAGCAGCGUAAUUAAUUUUUCAGAAUAAGCAGUACAAACUUUGUUAAAGUGAUUGUUUUGAACAAGUAUUAAACAAACAAACAUUACUUCAGCUAAAGAGCUUAUAUCAAUACUGUGUGGAAAAAAAGGCCCCACUUGCCACCUCAUACAUUUAUAAGAUUUUAAAUCAAAAUAAACAACAAUGAUUUACUGUCGCACAAAACCUGUUGCUCCAUAAAUGAUUAAUACAAACAUAUUUUUUUUUUCUGCAAUUAUAUAUUUUAGAUGCACUGAAUGACACAUUUUUUCUUAAGGUGUGCCUUUGGCCCUGUUGUACCUGAUAUUUAUCUAGCUACAUACAGAUUUAUGGCACAUGGUGUUCCUCCACUGUUGUACCAUUCAACAUAUCUCUCUAAUAGAUCAAUCAUCAUGCAUACUCAAGAAGUGAGACCAGUGAUCCAGUCUGAGAUCCUCAAAUGCAAACUGUGUGUGUUGCUUCAAGAUUUAUAUUAUUCAUUCAUUCAUUUAUUGUUUAUAUUCCAUUUAAUAAUCAUUUAAGCCAUUUAUAUUCAUUUAAUUGAUUAGUCAUUUAUAUUAUACCAUUUUUUCUAUAUUAUUUUUCCAUUGCUGUUUAGUCUUAUGAUUGUGUGGUUUUAUGUGGCUGUCUUCAUGAAUAAGCGAUAAGAAAAUAACUUCAUUUCAAGGUUUUUAAUGUCACGGGCUGUUGUUGUGAAGAAGUAAUUUUCCAUUGCUUUAGUUUGUGGUAUAAUAACUCUUGUUGGAUAUGUGCUGGUCAGAUGAAGUCUGAGCACUGAAAUAUAUGCUAAAACUAAAGCUAAAACUAAAGCUUUUCAAUAAACUCAUUUUUCA